AGCUUCUCUGAUUGGCCCGCAAUACAUCACCGACCAAUCAGCAGCGAGAUUGUUAAACUUGGAAAUUGAUGUUUGGUAUUCCGGUUUUGAAAAGAUGUCGUUAAAAAGAGAGAUCGGCAGUGUGGAGUACAUGAAGAAAAGGAUACCGAAAAGCGAAAAGUAUCAACAUGUCAAAACAAGGCUGGACACAGGAUGCAGCCUCACAAAGUAUAUGGAGAAACUGGAGGACAUUAAAAAAAAUUACAGGUAUCGAAAAGAUGAAAUCUUCAAGAGGUUAAAGGUGACAACAUUUGCACAAUUGAUACUUCAGGUAGCCUCCGUAUCAGACCUGAAUGAAAGUGAGAUUGACGGCGACUCGCACUGCCCGGAAGAUGGUCUGUCAGUGGUGUCUGAUGCAGAGCUGGAGUAUCUGUCUGAACACACCAACGGCAGCUCCCCGCAGGCGUCACCUGUUUCAGAUCACCAGGACACAGGAGACACGAGGGACAUGUGCUACUCUGCCAGGUCAACACUGCUAAGUGUCAUCAGCGGUGUGGGAGAAAUGAACCUCGACAGCAACCAUCAGCAGAUGGAGAACGAGCCGGUGUGCAGCCCUGAGCUCGCUGACCGGCCUUACCCCGACUGCCCCUACCUGCUGCUGGACGCACGGGACCGUGACCACUACGACCGCUGCCACAUCAUCAGUGCACACAGCUUCCCAAUCGCCAUGCUGUCUCGCACAAUGAACCCCUUCACCAAAGACGUGCUGGAAUACAAGAACACAGAAGGGAAGAUCGUCAUCGUGUACGAUGAGGACGAGAGGAUAGCCAGCCAGGCAGCCACCAUCAUGUGUGAACGAGGGUUUGAGAAUCUGUUUCUGCUGUCUGGAGGUCUCAAGGUAAUCGCUCAGAAGUUUCCAGAAGGUUUGACGACGGGCUCCAUCCCGAACUCUUGCCUGUCCUCUUCCAAAUCAUCGAAGGGGAAGAAGAUCUCUGCGCCGCAGCAGCCGUCGCAAGCCGCGGAGAAGAGUUGGCGGUUUGCAUCGGACGAGCUCGCCAAGAUCCAGGAUCAGCUGGAGGAGAUGCUCAUCCCCAGUAACUCCAACAGCCGCAUGUCCAGCAGCAGCUCCCGGUCUACAGGGUCCAGCGCUCGCAGUCAACAGAGUUCCUCUGCAACCGGGAGGGACAGCGCGAGGGUUCAGAGCAGUCGACCCUGGAAAUAACAAAUGGAUGUACAUAAACAAACACACGUCUGACGCAGAAUCCAUUUACUUCAGGUUACAUUUCAAGUGUAAAGAAACACACCUCUGCACCCUGUCUGCAGAAUAAUCCUCUUUCUGACGCCCCUCUGGAUUUUGAAAAUGACACACACAUUGGGAAAGUAACACUACACAUAAUCAACAACCAAAAAUAUUUAAAACUCUAAUUAAGACUUCAUUAAGACUUGACAACAGAAUGAUAUUAAAGACUAAUUAAGAAUCUGCAGGAACGGAACAAAUACAUUUGUAUUCGGCCUCGUCAGCUGCACGCUUCAUCGUCACCUCUACAGAUUCAUGUCAGACUCAAGUAUUUCCCCCCUGAUAUUAUUUUAUUAUGUUUCCUAUAAUAUUUAAUAAAUAGUGUGUAUUUGAAUGUUUGCACAGAGCCUCACCUGUGACCCUGAAAACGGAUCUUUUUGCACUCAAAUUCAUUGUAACACUAUUCUCAUCUCAUCUCUCAUUUUUGAAUGUUCAAAACGUUCACGUUUCAGUAUGACGGCCACUAAAUAAAUGGCAUUCCUAAAAUACUUUUCCCGCUGCAGACAGAAUAAUUGAAUGUUGAUAUGAAUAUGCUGGGACUCUACGUAUUACAUGAGAUGUAAUUUAUAUAAAUGAUGUUACAGAACUUGAUCCCCUUUGUAAAAUCAAGAAAAGUUGUAUUUUUGUAAUUUCCUCCACAUUGUCAUGAUCUCUUAUUGUGAUUCCUAAACUGACGACCUUUAUGUACAACUUUCAUCCGCUUAUGCUGGUGCGUGUGUGCGUGUGUGUGUGUGUGUGUGUGUGUGUGUGUGUGUGUGUGUGGAUCAAAGUACUGUAAGUUGUGAGCACUAACUGAUUAGUUAAGAUCUUCUCACAGAUCACAAAAUCGCAAACUAAAGCAGGGAAAUGGGCGUUUUGUCACGGCUGUCACAGAAACACAAGCGGCCUCAGAUGCAUUUGAACGACCGUGUUGCUAAAUGUUUGGGAUUUUGUUUUGUUGCCAUGUUAGUGACUUAUUGCAUUUUUCUCGGUCGACAUUCCCGAGAUACAAACAUAAUAUGAAGUGCUUUUAAUGGAAAUGUGGACUACUGCUACGCAGCCCUUUAUUGUGAUGUCAGUCUUAACUCACGUUAUCUGUUUGUAAAUUAAUGUCAAAUAAAGUGUAUAAUUGUUUCAGAA